AUGGUCCAGGUGUCUCUGCUGUUGCUUGUUGUUGUGCUAGCGAAAUCCACUUUGGCGGUAUAUCCUCUCGUUGACCUCGGAUACUCGAAAUAUCUCGGAACGGCACAGACCAAUGGUGUCACAUCUUGGUGGGGUAUGCGGUUCGCCGCGCCGCCUCUCGGGAACCUGCGAUUCCGUGCUCCUGAAGACCCGGUGUACAAUGGGACAGUGCAAACAGCGAAUACGCACGGACCGCUCUGUCUUGCAACAGGCGGAUUGCCGAACGAUACAACGACGUCUGAAGACUGCCUGUUCUUAGAUGUCUACGCACCCUCCAAUGCCACGGUAAAGUCCAAGCUGCCUGUAUUCCUAUGGAUUCAAGGGGGUGGUUUCAAUGCCAACUCCAACGCCAACUACCGCGGAGAUGGGAUGAUUCUUGCAUCCGGCAUGGACAUCGUGGUAGUCAACUUCAACUAUCGCGUCAGUCUGUACGGGUUCUUAGCCAGCGAGGAAGUGGUCGCAAACGGCAACACCAAUGUUGGCCUGCUGGAUCAGAGGUUUGCCGUGGAGUGGUUUGGGGGUGAUCCCGGACAUGUCACGAUCGGUGGUUGCAGCGCUGGAGGUGCAUCGAUUACUUUCCAACUAACCGCUUAUGGGGGGCGCAAUGACGGUCUUUUUCACGCCGCGGCCGCUGAGUCUGCAAGCGUGUUCACUAUUCUCACUGUGGCGCAAUCCCAGUACCAAUAUGACGCCUUAGUGGCUCGGAUUGGAUGCAGCAAUGCCACCGACAGUCUUGCUUGCUUGAGAGCUGUGCCAGCCACAACGCUCCAAGCCAACAACUACUACAUCCCAUACCCCGGACUUGGACCGAACGCCAGUUCGCCGCUGUUCAUGUACGAUGCGGUUAUUGACGGCGACUUCAUUCAAGACUUCUCCCAACGGCAAUUUGCGGAGGGAAAGUUCGUCCAGGUACCCGUCAUCUACGGUGACGAUACCAAUGGUGGUACGGACUUCGCCCCUAAGAACACGACGGACUAUGCACAGAUGGACCAAUUUCUCAUCGAUAAUUACCCAACCAUGACGCCCGACCAGAUUACCGCGUUCAACUACAUGUACCCGGAGGACAUGGAGUUCUUCAACGGAACAGGCGCAUUCUGGAGGACGACUAGCAACGCGUACGGAGAAUUGGCCUAUCUCUGCCCAGGAAUGUUCGUCAGCACAUCCUAUGCGGCCUACAGUACUUUCGGCAGUUGGAACUACAGAUACAAUGUUGAGGACCCAACUCAGAUGGCGGAGGGGUACGGCGUGCCUCACACUGUUGAGACUGCUGCGAUCUGGGGACCAGCGUACGUCUCCGGAACACCCCCAGCCUCCUACUGGCCAAAUGGAACGAACGCGGACAUCGUUCCGGUGUUGCAAGGCUACUGGACAAGCUUCAUACGGAGCUACUCACCCAACACGUUCCGCUAUCCUGGCAGUCCGGUGUGGCAGGAGUGGGUUCCGUCGAUGCAGAACCGUCUCAUGAUCAUGACAAAUGCGACGGCGAUGGAGACAGUGGACAUUAACGAGCAGGCGAGAUGCGCGUACAUCACGGCCAACAGCGUGUCUUGGCUGCAGUGA